UGUCAUGUACCUACAGAUAGAUUAAAGGUUAAAAAAUAAAGUCAACAAACGGAGUGUAAAGUUUUGUACCUAUUUUGUUGUUUAAUUAAUCUUUCUUAUUUGAUAGCAUUAUUCAUUUAUUAGGUAUAUUAAUAAAUUUGUUUUAUUAUUGUAAAUCGUAAGGAGUGUUAGUGUAGAGACAGCUUAGCGAAUUUUCUGAUGUUCCGAAUUUGAAAAUUUGUUUUUUUUUUAACCAGUAUUGAGUAGUAGUGACAAAAUUAAAAAAAAACGAGUAAAGAAAACUUUUAAAUAAUUGAUAAAUGAUGAGUCUAUGAACUUGAAAACUGGAUCGUUUCCAUAAAACUAAGAAUACUUGUUCGCGAAGAUGGGUCCUGGUGACGGUGGGACGAAGACCACGGAAGACCGGAUGGCGCCAUUCGAGCCGACCGGCGCGAGAAAAUGGUUCAUUGACAACAUCAUGUUGGUGAUCACGCUAGUUGGUGUCAUUGCCGGCAUUGCUUUAGGAUUCGGUCUUCGCCCCUACGAUCUCGGUCCAGAUGCACUCAUGAUGAUAUCAUAUCCUGGAGAGCUAUUCAUGAGGUUGUUGAAACUAAUGAUACUGCCCUUAAUAAUCGCCAGCCUUAUUGCGGGCUCUGCGAGCCUGAACGCCAAGAUGAGCGGCAAGAUUGCGGUCAGGACUCUAUUAUAUUUUAUUCUGACGUCUAUGUUCAAUGCUUCUCUGGGAAUUCUUGUAGCAACAUUAAUACACCCAGGAAAACCAGAUUUGAGAGAUAGUUCGAUCGGUGUAACAAUUGGUAGAAGGGAUCACAGCAUUUUGGACAGUCUUUUGGAUAUAGGAAGAAACAUAUUUCCUGAUAAUAUUGUACAGGCUGCAUUCCAACAAGCACACACAGUAUAUGCUGAAUCUCCGGCACUGUUUGGUAAAAAUGCAAGUGAAAACGAUACGGUGCCAGCCUUAGUACGUGUUAUUUCUUACAGAUCAGGCACCAACACUUUGGGCUUGGUAUUCUUCUGUUUGGUCUUCGGCAGUCUACUCGGUACCCUAGGACCUAAAGGGAAAGUAGUGAUCGAUUUCUUCCAAGCCAUAUUCGAGGUCAUCAUGAAGAUGGUUACGGGAGUCAUGUGGUUAACCCCUGUGGGUGUUAGCAGCGUAAUCGCUGGCAAGAUUUUGGGACUUAGUAAUGUCGCGCAAGUUAUGUCUCAAUUGGCUUGGUUCAUAGCUACAGUGGCGGUCGGGGUUUUCUUUUACCAGCUCAUUGUAAUGCAGCUGAUAUACUUCGUAGUGUUGAGGAAGAACCCUUACAAAUUCUACUGGGGAUUAUCUCAUGCAAUGUUGACGGCUUCUGCAACUGCAUCUACUGCCGCAGCACUCCCAGUAACGUUCCGCGCGAUGGAAGGCCCUUUGCGCGUGGACCCGCGCAUCACGCGGUUCGUGUUGCCCAUCGGCUGCAACAUCAACAUGGACGGCACGGCGCUCUUUCUCGCAGUCGCCAGCAUGUUCGUCUGCCAGAUGAACUUGAUACCUCUGGGGUUCCCACAACUCGCCACUAUCUUCCUGACAUGCACGGCUGCAUCAGUGUCAUCAGCAUCAGUACCGUCAGCAGCGUUGGUGCUUCUGCUAGUAGUUCUGGCAGCACUGGACGCGCCUGCGCACGAUGUAUCGCUGCUGUUCGCAGUCGACUGGCUCGUUGAUCGUAUACGCACAACCAACAAUAUGCUGGGCGAUUGUUACGCAGCUGCUGUUGUGGAACAUCUGUCUAAGAACGAGCUGAUGGCUUGCGACGCAAUCUCUAAUGAGCCAGGCAAUAACGGCACCACUCCGACCCUAAACACAGAGGUAGAUUUAGGCAUCGUGACGCCCAGCAGGAAGUCUAUCGCUUCCGAUGACGUCAUCAUCGACAUGCACUACAGCGGACACCACUGCAACUCCAUUAAAAGGAUUUAGCUCUGAAAUUUACCAUAUCUUUAUUGAAUUGGUCCUUAAGUUGAGGGUAAAUUUGUUAUUGAUCCAAAAACGAUUUUAAUGCAGAGUAUUCUUUGAAAAAUGCAAAUUGUUAUAUUUUGGACACCACUGCAACUACAUCAAGAGGAUUUAGCUUUGAAUCUACACCAUAUUAUUCUUGAAUUCGUCCUCGAGUUUGGGUAAAUUUGGUGUUGAUUAAAACAGGGUUUUAUUGCAGUAUUCUUUGAAAAAUGCAAAUUGUUAAAUUAUGAACACCACUGCAACUCCAUCAAGAGGAUACAGCUCUAAAUCCACACCAUAUCUUUCUUGAAUUGGUUAUCGAGUUUGGGUAAAUUUGGUAGUGAUUCUACAAAUAUCAAAUUGCAGCUGUUAUUGUAAAAUGCAAAGCGUUAAAUUACGGAAAUCACUGCAUCUCUAUAAAGAGAACUUAAUUUUGAAUCUACACCAUUUUUUUCAUGAAAUCCUUGAUUUGAAACAAAGAUCUUAUUGCGGUUUUCCUCGGAAAAUGCAAGCCGAUUAAUGUUAUUGCGUAGAAUCAAAUCGAGUUCAGUAGGUAAUGCAAUAGUUUCUUAGGAUACUUUGGUCUACAUGGCUUCUUUUUUUCAAUUGAUCCUCGUUUUUGCAAAUUUAGUCCUGAACCUGACUUUUUAGAUAUCUUCUUUGGAAAAUGUGAAGCGAUCAAUGUUAUUGUCUCAAACCAAAUCUAGUUCAGCAAUAGUUAUGCAAUAGUUUGUUUUGCCGGCAUCUCACAUAGGUAUGCGUAUUUGUUGUACUUGACAGAAGCUUUCCUUAUAGAGCAUGUAAAGGACUUACUGCUGCCAAAAUGACAAAUAGCAAAUACGAAUGUCAUGUGUAGUAGAAGCAUUAGUAGUGGAUUUGAAGUCGAUACAUUAUAAUGGUUUGUAUUAGGUUUGUUAUAAUUAAGCUUCAUUCAGAAUAUAAGUAUAAUAAGUUCACAACAUGUAUUAAGCCACUAAGUGUUAUUUAGUAAAUGAUCUGCGUGAAUAUUUUUUUUUGUCAAAAAUAAUAUAACAAAAGACAUUUUAUGUUCAAGGUAGGACAUAAACAAUUACUGGAUUAUAAGUAGCGUUUCAAUUUACAGACACUCGAAAGUUUCAAACUUAUUUAAGGUUCGAGAUGUGGUUCUAGUUUGAGAAACAAAUGAAGAUAAAUAAUUUUCAACCAAAACUAUUGAAAGAAAAUUUUACUAGAAAAAAUAAUAAAUUGUAUUUAAACUUUUAGCAGUUAAAUGCUUAAAAAACUAUAACUAAACCCUACUAUUUAUUUAUUUGAACUUAAACUAUUUAUUUGUCUUUGAUUUUAUUUGUCUGUAAUAAGUACUAUUAUUAAUGUUUCACUUGUAUUUGAUGGUACAACUUGCAGUUCACUGGAUAUCUUAUGUUAGCCGAAUAUGUAGGCAGUAUUUGUAAUUAUUUCUUGAAUUACAUUAAUCCUUAAGUUUAACUAGAAAAUUAUUACUUUGAUAAGAGUCAAUGUAUCUAAUACCAAAGAAAAUCGUCUACAAUUUCAUUAUUAUUGACCAUAUUUUAUAAUUAAGCCUCUCUAUAGUAAAAGCUGAAUUUUAUAUAUAUUUUUUGCUAUUUGUUAUUUCCAAUCCUCUGAAUCUCUUUCGAACUUUAGUUUAAUUAAAUAAGAGCCUGAUUCUGAUACGAUUCUCUAAAGCUAAGAUUUAAUUUGACAACAGUGUAUCUGUGUCAUGCUCUAUAAGUAUCAAAAGGAGAUAUGUUAUAUAUGUUCUCAAUUUUAGUUUUAGGUUUAGACAAUCAUACCAGAAUCUGGGCCAAAAUUAUCAUUUGUUUGCGUUGUCUUGUAUAUUAUUAAAGAGUGGAAGUCUAAAAAUUAAUCAUCUUUAUCAUUUAGAUGAAAAAUAAGACGAUUAUCGUCAUCUUUGUCAAGAAUAACAAUCGAAAGGAUUUUAUUCUAAAUAUAUAUAUUAAGUAUCCAUUCAUUGGCUUAUAUUAUUCGGUAUAAAUGUUGGUCAAUGUUAUUAAUAAUUAUGCCUUCUUAUAUGAUCGUUUAUUUUUAUAUACUAUCCAAAUUUGCCAAUAAUUUCAAAAUCAUCUUCAACAUCACGACUAUGAUAAUUGCUAAUAAACGUAGAUGUGUGUUAAUUAAUUAUUCUACUGUCUUAGACUCGUCACUGUUAAGAAUGUAAUCACAACAAUUGUUAUUUCUAUUAAAUUCUUACAAAAUUUCUUAGAUGAGCUCAGUGCUCAAAACUUUUUACUUUUAUAUGAUAGGGCUAAUUGAUGUUAAAAUGCCUAAUAUUACAAUUUUCUAUCUAAUUUACCUGUUUAUAUAUUAAAUGUAUCUUAGGAUUUUGAUAUAAUCAGAGUCAAUAAAGGUAUAAAAAGACUUUAAUAUUAAGACACCUAAUAUCUCAUAUCGUUAGGAUGAAUCAUGUAUCAUGAAUAGUCAGUAAUUUUAGUUGAAUAUGAUAAUAACUAACCCAAAUAGUAAAAUUGGCAUUCACAAUAAUGAAACAAGCGUGCUUUAAUGGUGUUAAUUAGGGCGUGUGAUUGCGUAGUUCUAGGGUAUUGAUCAAUUUAUCAGUCUAUUAUUACAGCUACUGUAUCAUAAGUGUAAAUUGACAAUGGAUUUUAAAACAUAAAUUCCAAAUAAACUAACGUAAUCUGUGUAAACUAUAAUAAACCUACGAUUACACAAAAAAUGCUAUUAUUAUAAUUAAAAAAGAUAAAAUUGAAUGUUUUUAAGUAAAAGAUACAUAAUUUUCAAAUUGAGACAGAGCAAAACAGGUUUUUUAUGUUAAUGGAGGCAAACGAGCUGCCUGUCCGCCAGGUUUAUUUAAUUUAUAAAAUUAGAAAAGUUAAUUUAAGUAUCGACUUGUGGAACACCAGGACAUAUGGCAACUCUUAGCUUAAAUAUUAUAAAUUUUCUAAAUACACAGACUGAUAAAUAAUCCAACUUAUGUACCUACUUAUUUAUACAUAAGACUUAGUGUUAAGGCAAUUCUUGGAUUUAAGGCCUCAUUUUCAAAAUCAUUUUGUAACCAAACAAGCUACUUAAAUGAAUCCCCAUAUGUUAUUUCGACAUUAAUUUGGAGUACAUUUCUUUGUAAAUUGAUAUGUUUUCAUACAAAAACAACAAUUAAGCGUGUGUGAAAUUGUUCAUUCAUUUCAUAAUUGAUAGACUUAGAUCCAACUGUGAUAUUUGUAUCGUUUGUUUUCUUUCCAUUGUAUAAUGUUCUUUUGUGGACUUUAAGAAAUGAAACAGUUCUUAAUUUUUAAGGUUUUAUUUAUUUUCCUUUACAUUCUCCACGGAUAGUCGACACUUAAAAAGAUUUAUGAACAUUAUUUACAUUAUACUCAACUACCCGUUGAAAUUUGUGACACAUAGUGAUAGUAUCACUUCACAAAUAGGCAAAAUCAAAGUUAUACAUACAAUUUCGAAUAUUAUACAAAACAUGCAUACCUAGUCGAAAAUCACAGUACAUUGAUACCAAGUAGAUGGUCUUCUAGAAUUUUAAAUAUGCACAAUAGUUUCACUUUAACCACAAAAGUUGCAAUGUUUGUGACUGCAUUUAAAAAAUACAUGAUUUCAAUAAAGCUUAUGUAAAAAUUGCAAUAUCUAAAAAUACACUUAUAGCUUAAUGUAAAGCUGUUCCGUUUGUUUAAUAAUAAUAAUAUAACAUGGCAGUCUUCAUUUAAAUAUUAUACAAGGCACUAAAAUAUACAGUCUAAUAUUUACAGUUAUUAUUACAACCCGAAUGAAGAUUAUUAUAUACAUUUACCGUAAAAUCGGUAUAAGCGCUUAAUACAUCAUUUUGAGCAUAAUCAAGGCAGUCCAAUUUGGCGGAUGCGCAAAAUGACAUCAGAAAACUAAUCCGAUUACAUCGGUAAUCAAUAAAUAUUACUACAAAUACUUAAGGUAAACAGUCAUUACAAAUUAUUUACAAUACCCUAAGGAAUAAUACAAAAGUGAUCAUAUUCGCAUAGUUGAAUGUGGAGGUUUCCUAUUGCCUGGUGCUGGAGGUAAGCCAGGACCCACUAACGGUGACAUAGAGGGUGACCUUGUGGCCAAUGGUGAUAAUGAUGGUGAAAAGGAAGGUGACAUAGCAGCAGCUGCAGAAAAACCUCCAGGCACGUCAUGACUUAUUGGUGACCUAGGUAAUAAAUGUUGAGGCUGCCUACAAGAUAGUGAAGGGGCAGGACAACUUCUAGGGGCUACAGUUGUUAACAAAGGAGGUGGAACACUUUUACCAGCCGAUAUAGAAGUCCCUUUGCUUUUCGCACUGGAUGCACCACUAUUACCACUUUGUAACGAAACGGCAUCAUCUUUUAAACGGGCAAUUUCUGAAAACACAUGAGCCAACGGUUGAUACUGUGGCCCCCAGUCUAACAAGUAGUCCCAAUUGUAACUACCUGUGAGCUCUUCUUCUGAAUGUACUAUAGAACUUAAACUGCCUGUCAUUGAAGGUCCUGCGGUGGGAACUGCUGUUCCAUCCCCGGAAGCACUCGGGAAGGCACCUAAAGCCAUUGCUCUUUCUACUGCUGCACUAGCUUCAUCCGCACUGCUGGCUCUUUCACUACCUGUCACUUCGUUUAGCUUAGCAUAAAUCAAAUUAGUGAUAUCGUUUUCGUGAGCACCAUCUUCGUCAAACAUAUGCAUUGAAUUUAUAGGUCCAUGAUGAAGCAUCGUAUCUUUGUUAACUACAUUCUCAGAACAUCUCCUAGAAGAGGUGGAGGCACCACCACCUGUCCCUGUAUCGACUAUUCCUAGCCGUGCUAAGUACUCUUGAGUAUUAUGAACCGAUACAUCAGAUAGGUUAUCAUCAUCUGAUUGUCUAUGGAUACCUGAUUCUCUUUGUAACGGGCCUUCAUUAAUCAUUCUAAUUUCCUCAUCUUCACCAUCUUCGCCAUCUUCUGCAGAGCCUCUCCCGCUAGAUCCUGAUUGAUCUGAGCCAGAUAGUUCCGAAGUAGUUGCUGCUCCUGAAUUUGAACUAGCUGUAUGGGGACCGUAAGGUGGAAUCUCAUCAUAUUUGGGUGGAGCAAAUUGACCUGGAUUGACGGUGCCGGUGUUCCUAAUAGGUAUUGUAUCGAAAGCACUUGGAUCAACAUAACUAUUGGUUGCACCCACACCUUCUGAAUUUAACCCUGGUUUAUUAACUUUUUUGUGUCUCUUGUUUUUCAUAUGAAGGAAGAGAAAUGCAGCAGCAAAGAUGAUGAUAAUAAAUAUAAAUGCUAUAAGAAGUCCCAAUGCCCAGUCUGAGAGACCGCCACUUGAUCCAACAGAUGCAUCGUUUAUUUGGUUUGUUGUGUCUGAUAAUAAAGCUUCAUGAUCUAAUAAAAUUUCCACAGCAGUUUUAUUUGUUAACGAGCCUUGUCUUCCAGAACUUGCUGUUACUACCAGACUGAUUGAUUUAUCAGAACCAAAAAGAUUAGACACAGAUUCUACUUUUCUUUUCAAUAUGAUUACUCCAGUAGUACGAUUUAUUUUGAAAUAAGAGUGUGAUGUUGACAAUUGAUAUACUAUUCUGCCAUCGAUGCCCUUGUCCCUAUCAGUUGCAGUUGCUUGACCAAUAACGUAUCCAGCUGGUAAAGGUCCUGAUUUCGGUAUUCCGAAGUUAUAGGUUUUCUGUGUGAAUUGUGGAUAAAACUCAUCUCGGCUCUCUAUAUCGAUUCGUACUUUUACUGUGGAACUUUUACCACCUACAUCGGAGGCUUUUAUAGAAAAUUCAUAUUUAUUCUUUUGUUCAUAAUCAAAAACAGCAUUAGUGUUCACCAAACCAGUUGCAGAAUCUAUUUGAAACAUCUUCCAAGAAUCAUCAUUUCUGUUGUAGUUAACAGCAGUAGAAACUAUGGUAUAAUUUAAUUUUCCAUAUCGGCCUCGAUCGAGAUCGGUAGCUCUCGCAGUAAAUACUGAUGUCCCGACUCUCUCAUUUUCAGCAAUGGAUUCAAAAUAUUCAUUUACUGGAAACGUAGGCAUAUUAUCGUUUUCGUCCAAUAUACUAACAUUUAUGUAUACUGCGUUACAAAGUGAUGGUUCUCCAUUAUCACAAGCUACAACAAUAAGCUUGUAAAUAGUGUUUCCAACGUCAUAAUCAAGAGUCUUAUUAACCGACAAAAUACCAGUGACUUGGUCAAUGUAAAAUAAUUUUUCAUCAUCUCCUGAAGUGAUUUUAUAAGAAAUUGCAGCAUUUGGCGUUCCGUAUAGAUCUGCGUCAGUUGCUGAUAUUUGUGUCAGUGUAUAACCAAUUUUUACAUUUUCGCUUACUGUAAAUUCAAGAUCAUUUGUAGUGAAAACUGGAGCAUUAUCAUUUGAAUCUGCUACUGUUACCAAUACGGUGAUGGAUGUUUUAUUUUGAUUAUGUGAUAGUAUUUUCCCUUCUUCUACGGCGGCUAGUCCUAGAAUAUAGGAAUCUCGAGAUUCUCUAUCGAGAUUGUUAAUAAGGAUCAAAGCUCCCUGAGAAUUAAUGUCAAAAGUGUCUCCUUCAUUUCCUGAAAUAAUAUGGAAAUCCAAAUUAUAUUUCUUGAAAACAUCGUUUAUGCCGCCUAUUUGCAGAAGUGUCGACCCUUUUUCUGUAUCUUCAUUAACUGUGAUUCUGAAAUUAAAGAAAAUAAAUGUUUAAAGGCAAAAUUGUGAAGAUGUUGAAUGGAGAAUAAAUUAUAAAGAAUUAAUAGGCUCUAAGAGUUCGCAGUUUAUUGGAGUUAAAUAAAGACUGUUAAAUAUUUUUCGUGCAAUAAAAGAAAGUAUAAUUUAAUAAUUUUAUUUAACUUGCUUACUAAAUGAAUCAUCCAAUUUUUAUUAAAUCUCAUUUAUGAAUAACGAUAAAAUAAUAUAAAAAAAAUAAUAUUCACUGUCAAAAGAUAUAGAAGAUAAAGAUAUAGUCUGAAU